AUGGGCCUGGCCCAGUUUGACGACAGAACGGGGGCCACCACCGAGAUAUCCACACCCGCAGUUCAACAAGAGUCAGAUACGGCGCCCGUAUCUGAAAAGCAAGCAAAGGUAGAGACCGAGACUGAGCCGAAGAUAGGUGGGACGGAAAUUCCUGUGGAGAGAAAUGGCAACGAUGAUAUCCAGCGGACCCCAAAGAAGUCACUGUCGUUUAAACUCGCUUUCAUCGGCCUCGCUGCCAGCAUGUUUGUGUUCCAGCUGGAUGCCACGGCUCUCGGGAUUGCCCUUCCGACCAUAGCUGCUGAUCUCCAGGGCGAGAGUUUAGAGUCCUUCUGGGCGAACUUGUCCUACACCCUAUGUGGUCUUGUCAUGCAGCCGGUGUGGGCUAGUAUCUCCACCGCGUUCGGUCGGAAACCGCCUCUCUACGUAUGCAUGGCGUUGUUCUUCAUCGGAUCUAUCGUCUUUGCUGUGGCCCAGAAUAUGAACACCAUUAUCGUCGGCCGUGUCCUUCAAGGGUUCGGUGGUGGUGGAAUUGACGUGCUGGCAGAGGUGAUUCUCGCAGAUAUGACGACGUUGCAGGAGCGCGCAAAAUACCUGGGCUUGAUGGCGAUUCCUAUGGCGGUUGGCAAUAUCAUGGGGCCCACGGUUGGUGCACUGUUCGCGACCUAUGCGAGCUGGAGAUGGAUUGGAUGGAUCAAUUUGCCGUUUCUAGGGAUCGGUACGCCGUUGGUGUUCUUCUUCCUCAAGCUACGACCAGUUCCCCUUGAUGAAUCGCUGGUCAAGAAUUUGAACCGCCUCGAUUGGAUUGGUAUGAUGUUGGUCGUCAUCGGCAUCACGAUCUUCGUUUUACCCCUCAGUUGGGCUGGCUCCUUAUUUCCAUGGGCUUCCUGGCAGACCCUCCUCCCAAUGUUCUUAGGGGUGGCGGUACUGGUCAUAUUUGCUUUCUACGAAGCGAAACCCGAAGCCCCUAUUGUGCCCCAUCGACUCUUCCACUCGAAGACUGCAAACAUGACGUUAGCCGGAGGCUUCCUCCAUGGCGCGGUUCUGGUCUCGCUUUUGCAAUACUUACCCUUGCUGUACCAAGCCGUACAACUCGAAACGGCCAUUUUAGCAGCGGUCUCCCUACUACCCACCGUCAUUAUCAGUGUGGUAGUCGCAGCGGUCUCCAUGAUGCUGGUUCCGUUGUUUGGUGGAUAUGUAUGGAUUCUAAGGCUGGCAUGGAUCAUACUCACCCUGGGAACCGGUUUGCUGGCCCUGUUCGACGUAGGAUCGUCGUCAUCCAUGCGUCUUGGACUUCCCAUCCUCUGGGGAAUGGGUAUUUCCUUGCUGCGUCUCAAUCUUCUUCCCAUACAAGCCAGCGUCAAAAACGUCGACGACACAGGCCUAGCGAUUGGACAAUUGCUCACCAUUCGCAUGUUUGGAGGCCUUGUCGGCCUCACGAUCUCUUCCACCAUUUUCAACUCUGUCUUCUCAACAGGCAUAUCCUCCUCUACAAUCCAACCUAGCGGUCCCCUGGCCCCUCUCGAGGACGUCGCCAAUGCGGUUUCUUUCAUUGAGAAGCUAAGAUCACUAGAUGUCCCUUCUGGAACGCUGGACCAGGUUCUGAGGAUUUAUCUCAAGUGUUUCCAGACAAUCUUUUACACGAUGACAGGGCUAAGUGGACUGGGAUUGGUGACUUCGCUGUUUGUGGAUGAGAUCGAUCUCAAGUCGCAGGACCUCGGAAAUCAGCGCUUCGAGGAAUAG